AGUUUCGCGGUGCCGCCGACGCCCGUCGUGCUCGCGCCCUUCCUCGGCAUGCCGUUCGCGAUGCCGCCCGCGUUCCCCGCGCUGGUCCUGGCGACGAGGAGAGCGUCGCGAGCGACGGCACCGAGGUCCCUCGCCCUGCCCGUGGUGCCGCCACCACGUGCACUGGCGCUGGAGUCUCUCCUGAUGGCGUUCACGGAGGGACUCGCGGGGUCAGUGGGGGCGCCGUUCGACGCGCUGAUGAAGCCUCCCAAGAUCGAGCACGCGGUCAUCGGCGGGAUGUGGCGCCUCGUGGUGAUGCUGAGGCACAUGUUCCAGACCUGGGCAAUCGCUGACCGCCAGCAGGGCGAGGCCCAGCUCGCCAACAUGGCUGCGGAGCUGGAGCAGGCUCGCCUCGCCGCGAAG